ACAUUUCCCGUUGACUGAACUCAAAUCAAAUCCCCAACUCCAUACAAAUCCCCCACGCGCCGCUUUCCUCUCCGCCCACCAUUCAAUUCCUUUCCUUCUACCUAAAGCUUCGACUUCGAAUUUGAGGCUUUUUUGUUGCGAGACUAGGGUUAGGCUGGUGAAGUAGAGCUGACGCUUCUGCCUCCUUUCUCUUUGUUUAAUUGUUGAUCAAUUUCUGCAAUUGAGGAUAUGACUUGCUUCGUAUUCUGUCAGCUCAGUUAAUCGGCAUUUAGUGGUUGAUUUGAAAUUUUGAGUCGAUCUGUUGGUUAAUUGUAUCAGUGUUGUUGUACCGCAGGAGGUUAUUUUGGUGGUUCGUUUGCUUAAUUUAAUGUUAUUAUGUUUGUGAUAAUUGAUUAUUGAGACUGGAAAUUAUGAAGAGGUUGAGGUCCAGUGAUGAUCUGCACUCGUACGGGGAGAAGGGUGCUCUGAAAGAUUGGGGGAGAAGAGAAGAUGAGGCUGCUCCCCAGCGUUCAUCUUCGUCUUUGCACAGGAGCUCUUACUACAGACCAUCUGAGAGUGGGAGGAAGGUCUUAUCCUCAUCAACAGCCAGGUAUGAUCGGUUAGAAGAUGAGAGGGAGAGUUCAAAGUUGAUUAGGAAGAGGCCGGAUUAUGAUUUGGAGAGUUAUGAGAGGAGAAAGAGUUAUGAUCGCCAUAAAGACGGGAAUGGGAAUGGGAGUGGGAACGAUAGAGGGAUAUUGAGCUCAUCGCCGAGGGCUGGUUAUGGAAUGGAUCAGAUGUAUCGUUCUCAGAGCUUUUCUGCGCCUAGGAGAGACUUUCCCAAGGGGUUUAGGUCGGAGAGGGAUAGGCCUAAAAGGGAGGGUAUUGGUGCAUCGUGGAGGAGAUUCGGUAGUGGGAAAGAUGUUGAUGACGGGGCCAGGAGUGGCAGUGAGGCAAGUAGAGGAACUAGAGUGGAAUCAAAGGAAGUUGGGAAGGCAAAGUCUCCCCAGGGAUUCAGAGAUGCAAAAUCUCCAGCCUGGUCCAAGGAUUCAGGAAGUGAGCGAUCAAAGAGUGUUGAAUGCAAGAAGUCUGAAGAAAUGCAAGUAGAGAGUGGCGGUCCAAGCAGUGAACGAGAAGAAGGAGAGCUGGAACCUGAUCCUCAACCCGAUGUGCCUCUUGCGAAGCCAAUUGAAGAGGAAGCUGCUGAUAAACAGACUUCGCCUAAGAAGCAGCUCCAUAAUGAACCCCAGGCUGAAAACGAAAUUUCACUGGAAAAGGCGAGUUCCUCAUCAGUAGAAAAGGGGAACAUGACUAAAGGGGACAGCUGUGACGAGCAAGCUGUAGACAGACAAUCUAAGGAGGCUGAAGAUGUUAUUAGCCAAAAUGCUGACUUGCCUGAUUAUCGGGAUACGUCAAUCCAAGCGGUGAUGGAAAAUAGAGAUGAUAAUGAUGCAAAAGGAGAAAAUCAAGGUGGUGACCUUGCAAGGGAUGAUGGAACUGAAGGCUGCUUGGAGGAGGUUGCAGAUAGCAGAUGUGAUGAGAAACUAUCAACUUUACAGGAGCAACAGGAAGACAGGAUUGUUAACAAUCAAGUCAAUGCAGAUGAUGUGGAAGUGGCAGGAAGUGUCCAGGCAAUGGGCAAAAACGAGUUGCCUACUACAGAGAAAGCAGCCCCAAGUAUGAAAGACAAGGGCAAAAGUGUUGCUUUAUUGCCCUCUGAUGGUAUUCUCCUCACAGAGAAUUUGGAGGUUGAUAACAAACCAAAGGACCUCAUAGAAAGUAGAGACAUUGAAAUGGAAGGCCCAAGUACCAGGGGAUUCCAGUUUUUCUCAACUGAUCCAAUUAAAAAGCCAGAGAAAGUGGAGCAAUCAACUCAUAGUAAGCCUAACGAUGAUAAAUUGGCUCUUGACCUUUCUCUUAGCUUGCCAAAUGUAUUAUUGCCAAUUGGUUCUCAGAGACAAGCUCCGGGUUCUCCUAGUCAUACAAGGAGUGUUCAAUCAUUUGCUAGCUCGUUUCGAACAAAUUCUGAUGGGUUUACAGCUUCAAUGUCGUUUUCUGGGUCCCAUCAGUUUACUCACAACCCUAGCUGUUCUCUGACUCAUAAUGCACUUGAUUACGAGAAAUCUGUUGGUAGCAAGCCACUAUUUCAAGGGGUGGACUGGAAAGCCUUGUCUUUGGAGGAGGCUAAGAGUAAGGAGGGUUCUGCUUAUCAAGGAAUGCCAUCAAGAGAAAAUGUCUUGAAUCAGCAGUCUCAAGUAUCCCAAGGCAACUCCAGUGGACAAGCUGCCCAGCAAAAUAUGAGAGUUACUGGAGGAAGCUCCAAGAUGCCGAUUGGUCUUGAAAGGCAAUUUAGUAGUAAACAGUUGUCUGGAGCUCAAGGUUUUGGCACUUAUGAUCAUGGACCAGAAUAUUUGAAAGACCACAGGCAAUCUCGGACUGAGAAAGAUUCAGGUAGUUUAGAAAUGAACAAUGGCAGGGAUAGUAAAGAUCAAGACUUGGGAGUUGGCACUGACCUUGCUGAGUCUAUAGUCACCAUGAUUGUCUCUGAACCAAUACAUACAAUGGCUCGGAGGUUUAAUGACAUGAAUGCGAAGCACGUUCCAUCUAUUAAAGAGUUUGCCCGUGAUAUAAUCUCAAACCCUGUAAAGCAGUGGCAGUUGAGUGCUUUGCAGAAGGCAUUACAGAAGAGGUCAGACGUUACUCUGGAUAUGCUACUAAAUGCAAAUCGUACCCAGUUGGAGAUAUUGGUGGCUUUGAAAACAGGGCUUCGUGAAUUUGUUCUGCCGAAAUAUGAUAUCGCAACCUCAGAUUUGGCAGAAAUAUUUCUCAAUAUGCGAUGUAGAAAUCUCAAUUGCCGCAGUCUUCUUCCUGUGGAUGAAUGUGACUGCAAAAUAUGUUCGCAGCGGAGUGACUUUUGCAGGGAUUGCAUGUGUCUUGUGUGUUCAAAGUUUGACAUGGCAUCUAACACCUGUAGUUGGGUUGGUUGUGAUGUAUGCUUACAUUGGUGCCAUGCAGAUUGUGGGUUACGAGAAUCUCAUAUAAGAAAUGGUCGCAGUGCAUCCGGUGCUCAAGGCACCACAGAAAUGCAGUUCUACUGUGUUGCCUGUGAUCAUCCCUCUGAGAUGUUUGGUUUUGUAAAGGAAGUUUUUCAGAACUUCAUCAAAGAGUGGACUGCAGAAAAUCUUUCUAGAGAACUUGAAUAUGUGAGAAGAAUAUUUUACGCCAGUGAGGAUGUUAGAGGGAAACAACUCCAUGAAAUUGCUGUGCGGAUGCUGUCUAGAUUGGCUAACAGAUCAGAUUUUCAGGAGGUGCAGAGUCAUAUAAUAAACUUUUUCACUGGUAUGUUUGCUCUACCUUCUCAUUCCAACAUGCAUUAUAUUGCAGCUGAAAGAGCAUCUUAUGAACUUACGUGUAGUGGGCAAGCCUAAAAGUAAAAAUACAAUCUCUUUUGCUCUACUGUUUAUCCAGAAAAGGCUCCUCUCUUGGGAGAUCCGGUCGAUUUAAUCCAUGACUACGACACCAAUAAGAAUGAUAAAUACACAGUGAACAUGGAUAUCCCAAAAAUUGCCCAAAAAGAGCCUAUAUUUGAUGAACUGGAGAGCAUUGUGAGAAUCAAACAGGCUGAGGCUAAGAUGUUUCAACAACGUGCAGAGGAUGCAAGAAAGGAAUCUGAAGCUCUGAAACGCAUUUCAGUGACCAAAAGCGAAAGAAUUGAAGAAGAAUACACAAGCCGGAUAACCAAACUUCGUUUGGCUGAAGCUGAGGAGAUGCGAAAGCAGAAGGUGGAAGAGCUCCAGGCUCUCGAAAGAGGCUAUCACGAAUACUUCAGUAUGAAAAUGAGGAUGGAAACAGAUAUCAAGGAUCUUCUUUUGAAGAUGGAAGCAACAAGAAGGAAUCUCAGGACAUGAUUGACAAGGUUAGUGUUGGAUGAACUCUCAGUUUCAUUGGUAAUGUGGCAGGGAGUUUUCGUCUGGUGUUUUGUAUCGUGGGCGGAUUGACUAAUGUGUUUGUUGGUCGAUCUGUAGGUUUAUCAGUCUUGUUUAAUGCAGUGUAGUACUAACUGAAAUCUGUACAAAGGGUUGCUAAUCUCCCAGUAUAGGUUGGAAAUAUUCCUUGUAAUGAAACAGAAUAUGCUAUCAGACUUGGUAUUAUUUUUUCAA